GCCUUCGCUACGAUCACAGCGCUUCCAACAUGGCGUCCCUAGCAACCACCGACUCUCCUGCUCGACGAAUCUCGGCUGAAGCCCAGAAGUCCAGAGGAUCGUCGUCGUCCUCAGUCUGGAGAAAUCAAGAAGAGCACAGACAUUCCAGAAACAAAGCUGCUCAGUUCUUCAGGGAGGCUGAAACUACUAGGCGGCAGAUUGAAAAGUUGGAAAAAGAAAGAACCUUGUCAGUACUGUGCCGGAGAAACGGCUGGGCAGAUGUGAAAGAAGCACUGGAGGACUAUGAGAAAGCACUGGAGGAAGACAGAAAUUCUGAAAAGUUACUCCUACAAAAACAGCUGAUGAAGAUCAAAACAGAGGUGAAAAGAUUUCGGACGCAGCUGACCGAUGUGAAUGAAAAUCCAAAAUUGUUGGACUGCCUGAAGGAAAGCAUGUCCGAGGCCGAGCAGUCCAUCCAUGGCCUGAAGGAGAAGCAGUGCACCUGCUUUGAAGAGCUUCUGAAGGACGAGUGGACAUAUGGACAGGAAGUCAACGCUUAUGACAAGAAAAUUGAAACCUGGAGCCUGGUGGUAAAUUCAGACGUAAAACAGCUUUCAAGUCCACAUUUUAAGGAAACCAAACCUUUGAACAGAGGCCUUCCUGCUGGGGUGAAAACACUUGAAUCCUUUCUUCAGAAAACUGGAGGAGCCUGUGGAGGCUGGGAGAAGUUUGAUCAUGAAGCAUUUCUCAAGGUCUGGAGGAGGCACGGUGGGCAGCCAGCCUACAGAAAGGAAGCCCAACUGCUUCUGCCCAGUAAAACAUUGAAGGAAAUUGAGGAGCAUGAAGCCUGGCACCAGGAGCAUGUGAAGCUACAGGACCAAAAGAGAGCGGCCAUCCAGCAGUGGAAGGUCAACAAGGAAACGAAACAUCUCUCAAAGGUGCAAAACCAUGAGGAGGCAAGGAAGAUUGAUAGAGAGGCCCGGAGCAGCUCACACAGGGCUACGGAGCACAGGAAGUUGACAACACAAAGAAUGAAAGAGAGGAAAGAAGCUAAAGAGAAGAUAGAAGAGAAAAUAGAUGAACAAAGAGAUGCUGAACAAAAGGAAAAGAUAUGCUCAGUGAAAGAGGAGCACCAGCGUCAACUGGAAGUCAAACUGAUGAUUGAGGAGCAGAAGAGGCUGAUGAGAGAAAACAACUUGAUUUGGUUGGAAGAGAGGAGAAAGAAUACAGUGAGGAGGAAUGAGGCGUGCAUGUCUUUGGAAAACGUAGGAUAAUGAAGUCGAAGAUGAUGGUGAUAAAGAAUAAACGCCACAAACAUUGUAAAUAUGUUUCGUAAUUU